CGGGAGAAGGGAAUGGAGCGGGGGUCUUUGCAAUUGUUGCCUCCCUGGGAGAGAUAAGGAUGGGUGCAUCCUGUGCUGUCAAACCUACUGGUGCCCCUGUGUCACCUUCGGGCAGAGCAUGCAAAUGGCAAGGUUGGGCAGUUGUCUUCCCAAAGCCAUCCUGUAUCUCCUCGCCUCUUUUGGCAUCUACUCUGUUCUGUACCUUGUAGCUAUCAUUCUUCAGACCAAGCACCCCGACAUGUCUCAUGAGGCGACCAUUACGAACCUAUUUAUCUCGGCUUCGAUUGUGCUGUUCGUUUGCAUCGGACUUUAUGGAGGCUGGCAUAGAAAUGCGCUGAGGAAGAAGUUCGGACUCCAAGGAGGCGCCGCGACGGAUUGCCUUCGGCAUGCCUUCUGCCAUGGAUGUGCCUUGUGCCAGGAGUACCGGACGAUCUCGAUCAACGUGAACGGCGGCAAAUGGACGGGUCCGGCAAUCGGUGGACCUAUAAGCAUGGUACCUCCAAGUGGUCAAUAUAUGUAGAGGUAAGGAGGAUGGGGAUGGAGGGAGGAGAGGGAGGAGAGGAAGGGAUCCCAUCCUGACCGGGAUGGAGUAUCGGGACAAGGGGUUGUAGUAACUGAUAGAGCUGGAGAGUGGUAAUUAUGGCCCCAGUUAAUUCGCCGGGUCUGAUUGGGGGGAGGUCGUCCUGCUUUCCCUGUUUGGAUUAAAUCAAAAAAGAAUAGAAGGUUGGUUUUUGCUUUGAAAUUUGGGGGAAAGAAAAGAGAGAAAGAGGAUGAGGAGAGAGAGGAAGGAGGAGUUAGUGGGGAGGUAGUGAGAUAGCGAGCUUGAGAUUCUUGGUAUUAUGCACUGACGAAGCGACGAGGUGUGCACAAGACCAGCAGAUACACACCGGAGUUGAAUAUCAGGGUCGC